CAGACAAACUCUACGUCCGUUUGUCCGGAGGAGAGGGGAGAGUGGGCGCCAUCUUCUAGGCUCGCUGAGGGCCCUACCUGUUUUGGGAAGGUUGCAGCGACGAGGAGUGCCCCCCGACCUCGCCUUGUGUGUCCGACUCUGCAGCAGUGGUCUGGCGACAGCAUCGGAUUCCACGUAGCAACUUUGGCCUGACUCGAAAGAAGGAAGCUCUGUUCCCUGGGAGUAUGGACAAAGGCUUUGGUCUCUUUAGAAGCUCUACCUUCGGAUAUUCCCCGUUUGAGGAUGAUGGAUGUUAUGGGAAAACCUACGCCGCGUGGAUUCGUCUUCAUUUACAGUUUCUGCGGGGGACUAUGGCGGUGUCGUCAUGUUUUUGGUUUUUAUUUUAACCAUCUACAUUAUAAAAGCAUAAAGGCAGAGAGCAUCAAAGAGUAGUUGUGGACUGGGGUAGAUUAUUUUCUUUAAGGGAAACUCCUGCGUUUAUAAUUUGAAUGUGCUUCACCAUACCUUUGGGUUUUAAGAAAUAGUCGUUUUUCUCCCUCUCCAUGUCAGGGAAGUGACUUGUUCGCUGUUUAAAAUCAAAUGGAUUUAAGAUAAUACCUAUUUAAAUUUAGUCUCCCCUUUCCCUCUCAAGUUUGAGAGGAUUACAAGAUGCACACUUCGUGUUUAGAGAUAAUGGUGAUCAAGUGGGAUAAAUCGUAGGAUGAAAUAAGCAUUGUUUAAAAUGAGCUUAUUUCAAGGACUUUACAUGAGCUUUUAAGAACCCACUUUCCUUUCAUAGGUUAGAAAUUAUAACACUGUCUUUAAAACAAAAAUACUUUUGUUGCGUUUGUAAGUAGAAAAAUUUUAAGUACAGAGUACUUUCGGGUGUUUUAUGCGUUUUUAUGUUUUUGUAAUUCUAAGGAUAGAAUUUCCGGGGAAUUUGCUUAAAGAAAUAACGGGAACCGCAGGAAAAGUGCUCAUUUUAAGAGCUGGUCUCUUAUUGGAGGCCUCCUAGGUGUGUUACUGCAGGGGGAUAAACAGGCAAAAAAGUCUGAGUUAAUUUGUAACUGGCAAGUUAGAACAAAUGUUUUAUAUAUAGUCAACUUGAAUUGGAAUUCAUGAGAUUGUACUUAGGGAAGUACUCAAAAUAUUUUUAAGUAAGGGAGAGUAAUUAUAGAGGUUUAUUGAACUUGACAAAAUUUUUUGACACCAUUCUAACUUUUCUUGUUAAUAUACUGAUGUUCUCAGGGUAAAUUUCUUUUAAAUUUAGAAGUAAAGUUUAGGAGAGAGAAAAUGAUGUGUGUCUUAAAGCUGCUUUCUAAAAUAUUUUAAAAGUAAAAAGGAAUCUAAGUCAAUUUGCCUAGGAAGGAGUCUUGGAACUUUAAUGUUGGUAUUGGUUUGUUGAGGAAACUAGGCUUAUGCUCAUUUUUUAUUUUUGGUACUAUGUAGAUUUUCUUUCUGAAAGGCUUUUUUUACCGAAGUUUUUUAGGUUUGUACCUUUAGGUACUGAGAUUUUCCAUAUAACUUGUUCCUCACAUGUACCUUGCAAGUAUUUUAAUAGAAAACCUCAUUAAUAUUUUAAAUACCAUUUUGGCAUUGAUAAUUCAGCUGUAGAAUGUGCUAAGUGAUUUCUUGAUAUGUUUGUUAGUUUAGCUUAUAGUUUAAAAAAGUUUUAAUCUGUGGACCCUGUUCAAAGGAAAAUAAACCUGGCAGACCUACAAAGAAUAUGUCUUCAGGCUGCACUUUUUGGAAGAGCAGUAUUUAGGUAUAGGUUCUUAGCUAAAGCAAUGUUUAUUUGCACAUUGCAAACAUGAAUUUAUAAUUUAGCAGGACUUCAAAACUUACUUGGAAAGAUUACACUAAAUAUUGUAGUGUGUUUCUGAAAAAUACUAGAUGUAAAUUUCCUUAAAGAAAUACUAAGUUGAGACUUUUUUCAGUCAUAAAUACUGAUAAUGCCCAAACAUUCCAAAUUAAUGUAUUUUUAUAUUUUUGCUUUUCUACAUUGGCUUUCAUCAGAAUGCAGGACACUUGAUUGAAAUGGAAUAAACUUACUAACAUAAUAUGAUUCUGUAUUUAAACAUUUUCUGUUUGGCUUAAGAUGAAUUUUAAUAGUAAUAGUUUUAGCCAUUUAAGAUAAGAGUAGUAGUAGUUGAGAUUUUUGAUUUUUAGGGAUAUUGUGGUACUUGCCUUAUUUAUUAGAUUGGAGUGAGGAAAUUUGGUUCCAUGUUUGGAAGUAUUUGCUGUGUAGUAGAACUUAAAAUUGUAUACAAGUGGCAGCCAUUGGUUUGGAUUUAUUGCUUAAAAAAUUGAUUUUUAAUUCGAAACAUUAGUGUUUUGUUUGUUUAUUGCACCACUUUGAAUGGUUGCUUUUUUUGAUUUGGUCUUAUACUUUGAAAGAGAAGAGAAUUGCAAAAGAGUUGUGUAUAAUAACAAGAUAGAUGUUUGGUCUUUUCAUGGGUGGAAGUGAUACAAGUUUUGGGGGGAAUUUAUGGUGUUCUUAAAUUGUAUUACUUGUAGAACAGUUUUUUUUUUUAAGUGGAUUUACAAUUUAUAUACAGUUAAAUUCACAGACUGUGGAUAGGAUUCAUUUAGCCUUGAUAAAUGUAUACACACAUAUAAACAACACUCGAGUCAAAAUGUGUAACAUCUUCACUGCCCCUUUACUAGUGCCACUCCCAGUCAAGGAGCAAUUUUUUUUUAAUUUUGAGAAGGUUGUUUUAAAAUAAUUUGCAGAUAUUUGUACCUUCAUUUUGUUGAGGGAUGAUUAAUUUCCUCUUGGAACAAAGAUGACCAUUUUGUAGUGCCCAUAGUUGUGGUUCCUUAUACUGCUUUACUUUGAAUAAGUAAUUUUGAAGUGAAUAUCCUAAUCUGGCGCUGUUUAAGUCAAUUAUAGGGUCUAAGGAUUAAUUAUAUUUCAUUUUCUUUCCACAGUUAAGUUGCUUUUACAGAAUUAACAGGUCUCCAAGAAAUAAAUAAAAGGUCAUUAUUGCUGUGGUUUGAGCUCAGCAUGGCUGUAGUCAUCCGUUUACUGGGGCUUCCUUUUAUUGCGGGGCCUGUGGAUAUUCGUCACUUCUUCACGGGAUUGACUAUUCCUGAUGGAGGAGUGCAUAUAAUUGGAGGGGAAAUUGGGGAGGCUUUUAUUAUUUUCGCAACAGAUGAAGAUGCCAGACGUGCCAUAAGUCGUUCAGGAGGGUUUAUCAAAGAUUCAUCUGUAGAGCUCUUUCUUAGUAGUAAGGCAGAAAUGCAGAAGACUAUACAGAUGAAAAGAACUGAUCGCAUAGGAAGAGAGCGACCAGGAUCUGGGGCAUCAGGGGUUGGCAGCUUAUCUGAUUUUGUUGAGGCUGUUAAACAAGAAACAAGUAAUUCUGGAUAUGGCUCACCGAUUAAUCAAGAUGCUGGGUUUCAUACUAAUGGUACAGGACAUGGUAACUUAAGGCCAAGAAAGACACGGCCAUUGAAAGCUGAGAAUCCUUACUUGUUUCUACGUGGUUUGCCUUAUUUAGUAAAUGAAGAUGAUGUACACGUUUUUUUCUCUGGUUUGUGUGUGGAUGGAGUAAUUUUUUUGAAACGUCAUGAUGGCCGAAAUAAUGGUGAUGCGGUAGUAAAAUUUGCUUCAUGUAUUGAUGCUUCAGGAGGUCUUAAAUGUCAUAGAAAUUUUAUGGGUUCAAGAUUUAUAGAAGUAAUGCAAGGUUCAGAACAACAGUGGAUUGAGUUUGGUGGUAGUGCAAUUAAGGAGGAAGACAUUCCUGUGAGAACUGAAGAACAUUCUCCACCAAGAGGAAUUAAUGAUAGACAUUUUCAAAAACAUUCUCAUUCAAAGUCUCCCAGAAGAACACGUUCCCGUUCCCCUCUCGGAUUUUAUGUUCACUUAAAAAAUCUGUCCCUAAGUAUUAACAAAAGAGAUUUAAGAAAUUUCUUUAGAGAUACUGAUUUGACUAAUGAACAGAUUAGGUUUUUAUAUAAAGAUGAAAGGAGAACAAGGUACGCCUUUGUGAUGUUCAAGACUCUGAAAGACUAUAAUACUGCUCUGGGUUUACAUAAGACUGUUUUACAAUAUCGUCCAGUUCAUAUUGACCCAGUUUCUAGAAAACAAAUGCUGAAGUUCAUUGAAUGUUAUGAAAAGAAAAGACCAGCAUCAAUAGAAAAAGAGAGGCCUGGACAUAGUUCACAAAAAUACUCUCAAGAAGGCUACAGUGGCCAGAAACUGUGUAUAUAUAUAAGAAACUUUCCAUUUGAUAUUACAAAAGUUGAAGUGCAGAAGUUCUUUGCAGAUUUUUCUCUUGCUGAGGAUGACAUUUACUUGCUUUUUGAUGAUAAAGGAGUUGGUUUGGGAGAAGCACUGGUGAGAUUCAAAUCAGAAGAGCAGGCCAUGAAUGCUGAACGUUUAAACCGGCGAAGAUUCUUGGGAACAGAGGUAUUACUAAGACUUAUAUCUGAGGCACAAAUGAAGGAGUUUGGUGUAAAUUUUUCCUUGAUGUCCAGUGAGAGAAUGCAGGGUCACUCACAAUCAUGUGAUAGAGAUGGCCAUGCCCAUUCAUUUGACUCAAAUGAUCCACCAGUAUAUUCAGUUAGCUCUUCUGAAAACUUCAGGCAUCAGCAAGAGGACUUGAGGCAACUGGACAGUUUCCGACAGCCUGAUAGGUGCCCACCAGAAGACUUUAGGCAUUCCCCAGAGGACUUCAGGCGUUCCCCGGAAGAUUUCAAAUGCCCUAGGGAGGAGUACUUCAGACGGCCUCCUGAAGAGGACUUCAGGCGCCCUUGGGAGGAGGACUUCAGGUAUGCUCGCAAACAGGACUGGAGGCGGCCUCCCAAGGAUGACGUGAGGCAACUCCCUGAAGAGGACUGGAGGCUGCCUCCUGAAGGAGAAUUUAGGCGGCCACCUGAGGAGGACUUCAGGAGACCCCUUGAUGAUGAUUUUGGGCGACUUCCUGAGAAGGAUUUCAGGCGUUCUCCUGAGGACGACUUCCGGCGGCUGCCCCCGGAACACUUCAGGCGGCCACCUCCAGAACACCUCAGGCGGCCGCCCCAGGAACAUUUCCGGCGGCCACCCCAGGAGCACUUCCGGCGGCCACCCCAGGAGCACUUCCGGCGGCCAUCUCAGGACCAUUUCCGGCGGCCACCCCAGGACCAUUUCCGGCGGCCACCCCAGGACCAUUUCAGGCGCCCUCGAGAGGAAGAUUUCAGGCACCCACCAGAUGAAGAUUUCAGGGGCCCUGUGGAUGAAGACUUCAGGCAUCCUGAUGAGGACUUCAGGAACUCCCAGGAGGAAGAUUUUAGAUGCCCUUCUGAUGAGGACUUCAGGAGGCUUCCGGAGGAAGACUGCAGGGAAGCCAUGGAGGAGGAUCCUAGACUUCCUGACAAUUUUAGACCACCUGGUGAAGAUUUCAGGAGCCCACCUGAUGAUUUUAGAAGUCAUCGCCCUUUUGUGAAUUUUGGUCGCCCAGAGGGUGGCAAGUUUGAUUUUGGGAAGCGUAAUAUGGGAAAUUUUCCUGAGGGGAGAUUUAUGCCUGAUCCAAAAUUAAAUUGUAGUUCAGGUAGAGUAACACCUAUUAAGAUAAUGAAUCUUCCAUUUAAAGCUAAUGUUAAUGAAAUUCUAGACUUUUUCCAUGGUUAUAGAAUCAUACCUGAUUCAGUCUCAAUACAGUAUAAUGAGCAAGGAUUACCUAUAGGGGAAGCCAUUGUUGCCAUGAUAAACUAUAAUGAAGCUAUGGCUGCUAUUAAAGAUCUAAAUGAUAGGCCAGUUGGCCCACGCAAAGUUAAAUUAAUUUUGCUCUAGAGAGCAUUUUUACAUUGCCACCUCCCCACAGUAUUAAUGCAGUAAAAUGCAUUUGUUUUUUAAAGUGUUUAUUUUUAAUUAUCUAAUGGAAAGAAGCAUUUGAAUUUUGACCUGUGAAUAGAAAAAAUGUAAAUAGUAGAAUGUGAAUCUGGUUUUCUUUUGCUUGCAAAUUGCCCUUUUUCUAAUUUAAAAUUAUGCUUUCUUUUGGACAGUAGGGGAGAGAACUAAUUCCCUGAGUGCAUUAAUUUUGUUGUUGUCAUGGGUAAGCCUCAAGACUUGUAAAAGUAGAGCUGUAUUUGGAGAAGAUCUAUUUUAUAUUCACUUUGUUAUCAUUCUGUAGUCUUCAUCCUUUACUCAAACUGUAUAAGGAAAUGGUCAGUGACUGCUUGUUCAGGUGUAGCAUUUUCAUUGCUAACUGCCUGCAGAAGUAAUGCCCUCUUGUCCAAGAAAUUACUGUUAAGCCUCCUGUUAAUUAUAAAUAGUUUAAAAUUGACAGACUGUGAAGUUGAAGUUUACUUAUGUACAAAGCUUAGGAGAUUCUUAAAAUUUCCAUGUUCUUUGCAAAGUCUUAUAAAAAUAAAAAAAAUGCAACUGAUUAGAUCAACUAAUUCACUUGUAUUUGUGUUAAAAAAUUAUAACUUCCUUUUUGAGGGUUUUUAAUAGCUACAUUAAGUAAUAUUUGUGAUAGGAGGGACCAAAAACAUUGAAAAAAUAAUAGUGCAGAGUGGUAUGUAUAGUUCUGUGGUUUCUCCAAUAUCAGCCAAACUGGUAAGAUUAACUCAAAAUACUUAAGACAAAAAAUAAAGUAAUUGUCGGUACAAGGGGACUUUUCAGGCUUAUGCUGGGAUUAAUCUAGUAAAUGGAUAUAGUUUGUGUUUUUAGGAAGAAUUUGCUGAUGGUUCAUAUAACUAGUAUUUUUCUAUUAGGUUCUCAUUUUUAAAUUUCAAGACUUUGUAUCCAAAGACUCAAUAAUUAAAUACAAGGCUUGCAGACAUUGUGCAAACACUGAAAUUGAUUUUCUAUACCCAUAAUCAUAUUAAUGGCUAAUAUUUAUUGGGCAUUUACUGUGUGCUAGGUAGCAUAUGUGCUUUACAUGCAUAAUCUCGACCUUAAUGUUCUAUAAGAAGUAUAGAGUAUUAUCGGCCUGUUUCACAAAUAAGAUAAUGAAGUUUUAGGAGGUUAAAUAAAUUGCAUAAAGUCAUAGCUAGUGUAUGAUGAAGCCAAUUUCAACCCAGUCAGACCACUAACUCCAGUUCAUGCUCUUAACACUUUUGCCUACCAACUUUGUUAAUUGGUGUUAAUUUUAGUAGGAACAUGCUAAAAAUAUUUUCAAGAGUAAAGUAUUUUAUCUCCAUUGUUGCUUUAAAAAUAGCAUUUAAAAAAGAAUGACUAUGCUUAAACAUUGUUCAGAGAGGAAAUUCAAAAGUUUUUAAAUAUAUUUGGGUUUUUUUUUGUAUACUAACUAUACAUUGGCUUCUAAUUUAAAAUUGUUCAUUUUAUCAAAUUAUGAUUUGAUUUUGCUGGCCUUUUAUAGUUUAUAUAAAACAGUUCAUUUUCCUUAGUUCUAUGAUCCAGAGAUUUCCCACAUCGAAUAAAUGAGAAUAAAACUUGAAUUUAUAUAGUUUAGUCAUCUAAUGGAAUACUGUAGAAGUAGAAUGCUUUUGUUAGUACUUAACCAGUUACUGCUGUAUUUUGAAUUAAUCUUUAGGGAUUUAAAGAAAUCUAAGCAAAGGUGAUUGAAGUUUCUGUGUUUUUAAUUAUAGUAAAUAUUCGGCUUGCUAGUAGAAUCAAUACACUGGUAAAUUUGGUUCAAAACACAUCAGUAUGGUUCUUUAGACUAGUAAGCUUAUUUAAGUAGCUAGGAGAAUUGUUAAAUGCAGUAUCCAAAUCAGGCACAAUGAACAAAACAGGGAGAAACAUUUUUAAAUGCUAAAGAUUAUAAAGACGGUUCAUUUGGUCAACCUUUUUGAAGAAUGUGGGAAUAUUUAAAAAUGCUUUUUAAAUAUAUGUCAGCAAAAGCUAAGAUUAAGCUGAGAAUGAAUUAACAGUGUGAAACUAUUUAAACUAGUCUGGGGUGCGAUAGUGGUGGUAGGUAAAAGGCAAACAAUAGUGAACUGAAGUUUUGUAUUUUGACUGUAAAAUAAUGAAAUGAUAUGAAUAGUUUUACUCCAUGAUCUUAACAGUUGAAUAUAUUUUUUUAAUUUUUAAAAAUAUAAAGUAUAUUAUAGAAAGCUGGCUUCUACUGGUUGGGAGCCACUUUUGCACAUCUCUUCCCAACUCUGCCUUCAGUGAUAUGUUGACAAAUAGGCCAUGGUGGAAGUAAUUACACCAUGGAUAUUGGCAAAUGGAGCAGAUUGGGGCAUUUUUCAUCUCACAGAGCCAGUUUACCACUACACUGCCAGUUUGAAGCAGAGAGAGAAUAAUGUACUAAAUCCUCAUAUACCCAUCGCUCAGCUUCAAUAAUGAUCUCAGCCAGUUUCAUUGCCUCCAACUUCCAAAUACAUUAGGGGGCAUAUUGGUUUCCUAGUUUAAUACCCAGAGACAUUUAUCUUAAAGCCAAACAUUUUUGUCUAGAAGCUAUCCAAAAUAUAGAUCACAUUUAGAAAGUAACCUUAAUCUGAUAACCAGAAGAUAGGUAAUAAUAAUAUUAGGAGUGCACUUUUAUCACUUACUGAGAACAUUGUCAAGAGCAGUGGCUCUUAGUCCAUAUAUUACCUAUUCAUAAGCUCACCUCCAUCUCAGUAUUAAAUAACUAUCAUUUCAUUGAGCUGCAUUAGAUACUGUAUACUUAAUUAUCUGUAAUUAUAUAUCACUUAGUGCCAAUGACCCUAAUAAAUGUAAACCUAUUUUGGAGAUAAGAAAUGAAGGCCUAUAGGCUCAGUAACUGCUUGAGUUGGUUGCCUGUUUUUCUUUCUAACAAGGAAGCUAAAGAGGUUUUGACAUUUUUAAAGGUCGUUACAUUUUAAAUGGUUAUAUGAGUACUAUGUAAUAGUCUUGGUUUUGUCUCUUGGCCCACAAAUUGUAAAAAUAUUUACCAUCUAGCCCUUUAAGAAAAAGUUUGCCAGCCUAUGUCUGGUGUAAAAAAUUUUUUUACAUCAAUGAAAUUAUCAUCAUAUAAUAAGUAUGCCUUUUGUCCUUAGAACAUUUCUUUGGACAUGCCCUUAAAAUAGUACAUUUUAUAUCAGAAUUAUCUGCUGAUUGCUUUAUGUAGCAGGCACUGUUUUAAACUGCACAGGCAGGGCAACCGCUGAUCAAGAGAAGUGAGUUGCUAUAGUAAACAAGAAAUAAACGAUAACCCUGUUUUUUUUCUCCCAACUACAACCAUAUUUAAAUACUGAGAAAAUAAAA